UUGAGUGGUUGUUAUAUCAACUAGCUUAUUUUCUUUAGUUUGUCUACUCGUGACUUUUCCACCAGUUUCCUCUUGGGUAAUCUUUCAUUGCAGCUAACUUAAGUAAGAAGAGUUUCCUGCCUCCUUUGAGAAGGUAGAGAAGGUGACAGCACUGGAGGGCGGUCUUGAGUUCCCAGCGCCUAGAUUCCCCAUCAGUUUCAAUACUGUGCAUGGCAGCUGAUGACAAAGCUUUUGUUCCUUUGCGUCAGAGGACAAGGAAGAAAAAUCAAGGAAUUUAUGUCAUGAGCCGCCGAAGAAUCUCGUGUAAGGACUUGGGACUAGCAGAUUGCCAGGGAUGGCUCUACAAGAAAAAGGGGAAAGGAAGCUUUAUCGGCAACAAAUGGAAAAAGUUCUGGUGUGUGCUGAAGGCUUCAUCAUUGUAUUGGUACAGCAAUCAACUGGCAGAGAAAGCUGAAGGAUUCCUCAGCCUUCCAAACUUCACAGUGGAUCAAGCAACAGAAUGCAAGAAAAAGUACGCCAUGAAGAUCACUCAUCCACAGAUCAAGACAUUUUAUUUUGCAGCUGAAAACGGAGAAGAAAUGAAUAGGUGGCUAAAUAAACUAGGCUUGGCUGUCCUUGACAUACAAGCCAAUAAAAAGAACGAAGAAGAAUGCUACAGUGAGAGUGAUCAUGAAGAUCCCGAAAUAAACGCAGAGAUGCCGCCACCUCCAUAUUCUGAUCAGCCUCUGCAGCUUCAUGCGGAACAGCAAGAACCUUCCUUGACGUCGCAUGUAUCAAGUGAAGUGUCAUGUUCUUUAUCCUCACCAGAAAGCACUUCGAUGUCUCAAGGACCUUCUUCUUCCUCAUUGUCCAAAGUCAUGUAUCCAGAGAGACAAUCGUGGCUUGACAUUGUUAACAGCUCUUCCACUGGGGAAGAAGCAGGCAAUCAACUUUCAACUGUCUCUGGUGAUACGGAAGGUACAGAUCACUUGGUGACAGACUGUAAUGAAACCAUGGAGCAUGGUGUCUGCAAACCCGAAUUUGCCGUUCAGAUUUCUUUGAAUGAAGAAGCAUCUUUGUUAGGUUGUGCCAAGGAUAGCCUAGCUGUGCCUGGGAAAAUAUCAUCACAAACGCUUCCUAAAGCCCAUGCAAAAUGCUCUGAAGAUGAAAUGGAGAAACUCUUCAAGUCCUUGGAACAAGCCAGUUUAUCUCCCAUUGGGGACCGGCGGCCUUCGACUAAGAAGGAACUGAGGAAGUCCUUUAUCAAAAGGAGCAAAAACCCAUCGGUCAAUGAGAAACUCCACAAAAUCCGAGCACUCAAUAGCACGUUAAAGUGCAAAGAACGUGACUUGGCCAUGAUUAACCAGUUGUUGGAGGAUCAUGAGCUAACAGCAAAGAAAUACAGAGAUUGGAAGAACACAAAUACCAUGAUCGUUCAGGAUAUCUAUCAGCAAGAGGAUGUUGUGAGUACGGCUGAAGGAAACCUCACGGAUGCAGGGGCACCGAUGCAACCUUCAUUCAUUGAAAGCACUAUCUGAAAACAGUGGACUCUGUGGUACUUCCCAUCGCUGUUUCUCUUCAAUUAACAAAUUGAUUAAGCUGCUACAGUUUCAGGUUUUGCUUUUCUAGGAACCUGACACUUCCUGGAAUGGACAACGUCAACCCAUUCUCCUGUGUGUUAUUUCCUCCCUCGAUAUUUUCUCAAGAGAGUCAGCUGCUGCACGGAUGGUCAUGUCAUGAUGCUAGUCAAAGUGAAGUGCUGAGGGGAAAAAAAUCUGAUUGUUGGGAAUUGGAAUUCCAUUUUUUCUUUUUAAAAAUGGAUGGCCUUCAUAGCAGGAAUGUGUUCAGCAAGCAUAGCACCUGGGCAUUUUGAAUUAUAAGGGUUGUGUACAUGUUGUAAAUAACAAGUACUUGUCUAUUUUAAACUUUGUUAAAAGCAAAAUGUUUCCAUUGUAGGAAUGCUGCCAGAGAAAAAUCAAAAUAAAAUGCACUUUUUUUUGUUA